AUCGGCAAACUCACCAAGUGCAGCCUGACUCUCUCUUACGUUGCUCUGCACACUACAGGUAGGCUGCGGUCCACCGGACUGAACUCAACCACAUCGCCUGCAAAUCCCGAACAUCGCCCGACCCCCCCUUCGCAAGUCCCGAGUCGACAAAUCGACAAUACACUCCCCGCUUUGGAAAUCUAUUGCAAGCUUUGCCAUGGCCGCCGCCGUUGAGGACAAGAUAAAGAGCGGCGAAGGCAUCCAUUGCGCCUUCUUCUAUGGCACACUGAUGGUGCCCGACGUCUUUUACUUGGUAUGUUACGGGGCCAAGGACGUCCCCGACGCCUACGCCAAACUUCACACCUUCCAACCAGCCAUCCUCCACGGCUACUGCCGGCGCCGGGUGAGGUUUGCCGACUACCCCGGAAUCACCGAGGACGAGGACCACCAAGUCUUUGGAACGUUCACUACGGGGCUCACCAGGGCAAACAUGGCCAAGCUCGACUACUUUGAAGGCAGCCAGUAUGAGCGCAGGACAGUCACGGUCAAGCUACUCGAAAAGCUGGGCAACCUCAAGGGUGAAGGCAACGUCGAAGGCGAAGAGAGGACAGCCGAGGUCUAUGUGUUUCUGAACAAGAAUGAUCUUGAAGAACAGGAGUGGGACUUGGAAGAGUUUCGCCGCGACAAGUUGAAAUAUUGGACUCGGGCUGGUUACGUGUUUGAGGACUGUGACCCAAAUGACACGGCAAAGGUGGCCAGCCAAUAUUAGAGGACGACUCAGAGUUGUUAAAAGUUUGCUGGAGUAGCAGUUGAUUGUAUUCAUUAGAUCACAGUCUCUGAUUAGGAGCCACCAGAAUACUGCUCUACUGCUUUGAAGUCAUAUUUGGUACAUUUGCAUAUCUCAUGAU